UGUUUAUUUGCACCCCUAUUGCGAGUGUCGAUUAGCAGUAGAAUAGACAUUUUUCUAUUGAGUCGAUCAUAUUUUAUUUUGGUAUUGCGGAACUGAAUCGAUAAACAAUUGUACAAUUGUGAAUGGCUUACUGAAUUGCAAUCAGCUGUUUCGGUGUUUGUUUACAUUUUUGAUAUAUUUGGCAAAUAAAAUAAAAUACAAUUGUCCAAAACUUUUCAAUUUAACAAUUUAAAAAAGAAAAUACCACUAAUGGAUAGUGUCGACGUGUGGUUCAGUGAUAGUGAUGACGAGGAAAGUGAAAGAUUAGUAGAGUUAGCAAGAACGAGGAGGAUGUUGAGGGAUUCGUCUAAUCCUCUGGAAUUGGAGGAAAAUAUAUUUUUGAAAAAUUUUCGUCUUCCGAAGGCUGCAUUUACGCAUUUGCUCACACUAUUAGAUAGCAAACUGCAAGCUGGCGUUAGAAAAACAUCAGUUCCAAAUAUUUUAAAGUUGGCAGCGACUUUGAGGUUCUGUGCUCAGGGGUCGUAUCAGCUAAGUGUCGGGAACGAAAGUUGUAUUGGGCUUGGCCAAUCUACGGUGUCCAUAAUUUUGGCGGAAGUAUUCAAUGCUUUGGAGGAAUGCGUCUGCAGAGAUUGGAUAAAAAUGCAAAACAGUGAAGAGGAAAAACGAGAAACAAAGUGUUAUUUCUUUGGGAGGAGCGGAAUACCCGGAGUAAUAGGCUGCAUAGACGGUACGCACAUCAAAAUUGUUUCCCCAAAAAAGGAGCAUCAGCAUUUGUAUUACAAUCGGAAGGGAUUUUUCAGCUUGAAUGCAAUGAUAGUUUGCGACAACGCCAUGCGAAUCCGCUAUAUCAACGCGAAGUACCCUGGAGCUACGCAUGAUGCUAAUGUUUUUAAUAUGUCUGCGUUGAAGCAACAAUUAGAAGAAGAGUAUCGUAGUGGCGAGCGAAAUAUGUUAUUAGGUGAUGGAGGGUAUGCCUUACAACCCUAUAUGCUUACGCCAUACCGAAACCCAGAGCCCGGAUCAGCAGAAUGUAUGUUUAACGGUAAACAUUCUCAAGGGCGGAAUAUUGUGGAACGCACUAUUGGGGUGCUCAAAAAUCGUUUUAGGUGCUUGUUAGUCGCUGUUUUUUUGCAUCAACUCCACUAAUCGCGCUAGUUGCUUUUUGUUACUAAC